GGGUUGUUUAACUUCAAAGGCCGCCAAGCAACUCUUAGCUAAAUACAUAUGUAUGUAUGUAUGUAUGUCAGCUGCUAAAAAAAUACAGUCAACAGUCAUUGUCAUAGAAACACAUUUCGCUAGAGAGAUUUUCCAGUUAACAAAAUUAGCACCCAACUAUUGUCGUUGUUGUUUGGCAUACUGUUGUUAUUGAUGAAAAUAAGGUUUAGCGAUAAGAAAAAGAGCCACAUUUCGCGGGUCACUUACACCUCCGCACUGGGCAAGGAAAUAGAAAAUGCAAUUCUUUGGCGCGAUGCUUUGGAAGUGCAUGAUAUUGUACAUGGUAAAAGUGUUGUUGUCACACCCAAGUACAUUGAUGCAGAUAGAAAAGUGAAACUCCUUUUCCGCGGUAUAUCCACCUAUGCGGAGGAUCAUAUCAGGGAGAUGACAAAGAGUUCCAGUGCACAAAGUUUAAAUAGUCGUAGAAUGAGCAUGAAUUCGGUGAAAGCCAAGUCGAGUACACGUCUCGGUGUGAAGCUAUCACUGGACGAAAUCAUACAAGCAAUUGGUUCGAGCGGUUCGCUACACGAAUUUCAUAAUUAUUACCAUGAAUUGAGUCACGCGAAGUCGAAGCCAUUGCCUUUUAUAAAAGUAGUUUUGCGUAAAUCUCCCGCAUACGUACUCUAUCAUCAAAAUAGUGUGACCGUGCCGAAGGGCAGUGAAGAAGGUGAGGCGGUCGAACAUGAUAAUCGCAUUUAUGAUUACCUAACGAUAGGUAAGGGUAAAAUACGUCGGCGUUCCGAUGCCGAAACGCAGACAGUAGGUGUGCUAAAGAAGUCGCGCAUUGAGAGUACAGUCUCUAAGAAAUUCAGUGAGAAGGGGGCCUAUGUAUCAUUUUUCGAAAUGUUCGACACCUACCAACAAUUACUCAAAACACCGAUGGCACUCAAUGAACGGCAUUCAGUAAGUACGGGUGUUUUGGAUUUAAUCGCAAAAAAUCCACAAUUCUCCUAUGCGGCCAUGGUGGUGGAACGUAUAUUGGCCAGUAAUUGCUAUCAUGAAGGACAGCGGCGUUAUCGCAACAUGGAAGUACCCACCAAAAUGGCCAAAUAUGCCGAAUAUAAAUAUUCGCUGAAUCUACUCUAUCGCUUGCUACAACCGAAAUUUCAAGGUGGCUACGAUUUUCGGCGUAAAGCGAUUUCAGCUAUGAGCUUUUGUCAAGGUAAUGGUGAUCUAAUAGCCGUUGCUUAUGGUUUCUAUUCGGAUGCCUCUAAAGUGACCGUACCGAAUGGCAAUGUCUGUGUUUGGAGCAUGAAAAAUCCACAAAAUCCCGAACGUAUCUACAGCUACCCGGUGCCGGUGUCAGCAGUCGAAUUUUCACCAUUUUUACCAUUUCUCAUUGCCGUUGGUCUGUACGAUGGCUCAGUACAGGUGCGCAAUAUAUCAAAACCCGAUUAUCCUCCGGUUGCGAUAUCGCAACGUAGCGUUUUAUUGAGCUGUGAACCAGUGAUGGCUAUACAAUGGAUUCGUCAACAACAAGACGAUACUCUCGAAGCAGAUCCAUUUCUGGCGCUUACACGUGAUGGCAAAGUAGCGAAAUUUCGCAUUAUACCGAGUCCCUACUUGUUGGGUAUGCGUCAGAUGGAGCUUCUUCGUGUCGAAGGCAAUCCCGAGGGUUUACAAUCCAAAAGUUUUAUGAUGAAUGAAGAAAAGUCACUCGAUUCGGGUAGACAUGCUAGUGGUUUGCAUGUAGUUAUGCAUCCACUGCAAGACGAUAUAUAUUACAUACUCACCGACGAAGGUUGCAUACAGAAAUGCUCGUUGAAUCACACACACCACUAUUUGGAAAUGUUGAAGGUUCAUGAGGGCUCAGUUAAUCACAUGGAUUUCUCACCUUGGUCCCCUAAACUGUUUCUAACCUGUGGCAAUGAUUGGACCAUACGCAUUUGGCUAGAGGGUAUUUAUCAGCCUCUAAUAACAUUAUGCGACCGUUAUAUGCCAGUACAUUGUGCCAUGUGGAGUCGCACUCAUUCAACAGUAAUUAUUGCAGUUAAUCGAGAUACUGUUGAUAUAUGGGACUUACGACGAACUUUAUUGGCACCGAUAUCAACGAUAAAUAUAGACUCUUCAUUUCAUACAUUGGCCAGAUUAAGUAUAUGUGGUCGAUCGCUAGCUAUUGGCAACGAACGUGGCAAUGUGUUGAUGUGCAGUUUCGAACACAUGCCUUUCCAGUCUCACAAUCAAUACGCUGAAUUGGAGAAAGCCCUCUACAACGCCAUCAAAUUAUCACCAACCCUAAUGCAAGAUCUGAAGAACAUUGGCUACUUUGGCUACAAAUUGGAAGAUGGUCAUUCCAAGUCUGUGUACUGGAAAUAUAAGUGAUUUCCCUUGAAUAUCACAUUUUUUACGCUAUUAUUAUCAUAUAAUACUUGUAACUCGGAUGUUGAAAACACGAAAUAUAAUAUUAUUUUGUGUGGAGACUUAAAUAUUUGCUAUAUUCUUAUAAUGAGUCACGUAGAAAGUUUUCCACCCGGUAGCUCUAAACGUCGUCUUCUGAAAUCCACUCAACUGUUUUGAGGAAGCUAUGUUAUGUAAAUAUUUUUAGCUACUGAAAACGAGCUUGAAUAUUGAAGCUUUUAGACUAAUGCAGAAAGUUCAUA